AUGCACUACAGGGCACUGCUGGAUUCCAACCCAAGCCACAAGGAAGAGUUAUUGCGGCGAACACGACACUACCUCUUAAAGACUAACAACUUAUCAUCUUCUGACAGUUUUGGCUUUAACGUUGAUGUAAGCGACAGUAUACCCGUUUUGCGACAACUACCGGACACGCGACCAGAUGACUGCAAGAAAAGCGGAUACAACUUGUCUACCUUUCCGACAGUAUCAAUUGUGUCUCCGAUGUAUAACGAAGGUCUUUCGACAUUAUUACGCCACGUCCACUCCUUCUCUCGGACGCCAAAUGAACUACUGAAAGAAAUCAUUAUUGUAGAUGACAAAAGUGAACACGCCUAUCUCGACAAACGUCUGGACGAUUAUUUCAGGAUUCUCGAUUCCAGAGUUAACAUAAUUAGAAAUACUCAACGGCAGGGUCUGUCAUGGUCGAGGAUGAAAGGAGCUUCAGUUGCGACAGGGGAAGUAAUCAUAUUUCUAGACAGCCACAUGGAGGUGAACGUUGGGUGGCUUGAGCCCUUGUUAGAAGAACUGCUGAAAGGUGGACCAACCACAGUAGUACAGCCUGAUGUCGUUUCUGUAGAUUCCAAAACAUUUGACUUCUCAGAAGCAAAGGAGGCCACCUUUGUAGGAGGAUUUGGAUGGGAUUUACGAUACUCCUGGUUUUUCAAGCCCGACUAUUUAAAGCAAGUGUUGAGGACCAUGGCAGAUCCAAUCCCCACACCUGUUUUGGUUGGAUGUGCAGUUGCGGUCUGGAGGGAACAUUUUAUGUCCACUGGUGGAUUCGACACUGAACUGCAGAUCUGGGGUGGCGAGCACCUGGAACUGUCCUUCAAGACGUGGAUGACAGGAGGGAGAAUACUCACAGUUCCCUGCUCGAAGGUCGGACAUGUUUUCAAAUCAGGAACGUUUCACUUCGAUUCUGAUUUUCAAGACAUAUUACGUAAAAAUUUGAUGCGAGUUGCCGAGGUUUGGAUGGAUGAGUACAGGGAAAUAUUCCUGGCAACUCAGCGACAUGGAACGACAUUGCCAAAUUUCACCGUAUCCGAUCUAGAAUCUAUCGAAGGAGAAAGCGUUUACGACAGCGUUUAA